AACAGUUACUAUAAAACAGUUAUAAAAUAGGUAAUGAAUAUUCAUUGCUGCCUUUUGCAGUGCAUUUCUGCUCAUUCAGAGAGAGGGAAGACUCUACGCAUCAUGGCCUCAUCCUCACCUGCUGCGGAUGAGAGAAAAGAUGGAUUCUGUGACCAAUGUCAUACCUAUCUGAGAGAUCCAGUGCCUGUGGAAUGUGGCCACAAUUUCUGUCGGCCUUGCAUCACUGAACAUUAUCGGGAGUGGAAAAAAGAUUCUGGGCCCUUCUUGUGUCCUAUUUGCGAAGAGCCGAUCCCGGAAGGAAAACUACGGCGAAACCUGCAGCAGGCAGGUGUGGGAGAAAAACACAGACAGUUUCCAGAAAAGUCAUUUGUAUGUCCCAAACACAAGGUGACGCUAAAUCUGUUUUGUCAAGACGACGAGAAGCUGAUAUGUGCCACUUGUCAGAAGGCAGCAGAACAUAAACCUCACACUGUAAUUUCUCCUGAACAAGCUGCUCAUCCAUUAAAGGAACAGUUACACAGCCGGAUUUUGAUUCUGGAGGAAAAGAAAGACCUAAUGGAGACUCAUCCGUCAGAUGCAGAAAAUGAAGUUGCCGAGCUGCUUGGACAAAUGGAAACAGAGAGGGAGAAGUUAAACGAUGUGUUUGGACAGUUACAUGAGUUUCUGCAUAAACAGGAAAAACAGCUGCAGAACCAAAUGAAACAGGUGGAGAAGGAGAUUCUAAAAACCAAGACAGAUUACAUGGAAGGGCUUUCAAAGGAGCGCGCCGUGCUUAGAAAUAUCAUUCGGGAGAUGCAGGAGGUGUGUGAGCUGCCGGCUGUGGAAUUCUUGAUGGAUUUCAAAAGCAACAUGCAGAAGUAUGACAAAGCACUUGAAAACCCAGCUGCUUUCCCUCUUGAGCUGAAAUGGAGGUCCUGGGAUUUCUGUGAUAUAAAUCCAUACGUGGAGAAUGCUGGAAAGAUAUUCAGUGAGUCUCUGAUAGCUGGAAUCCAGCUGCAGAAAGCACAUGUAUUUCUGGAUCCAGAUACAGCUCAUCCCCGGCUUGUUCUGUCUGACGACUGCAAAAGUCUGAAAAUGGGUGAAUUUUAUCAAAAUCUACCCAAAACCACAGAAAGGUUUGACGAAUGGCCUUUUGUGCUGGCCUGUGCAGGGUUCACUACAGGCAGACAUUUCUGGGAAGUCAUUGUGGGGACAGAGGAUACCUGGGGGGUGGGAGUUGCCCGAAAGUCUGUAAGGAGGAAAGGAGACAUUGAAUUUAGUCCUGAAGAAGGGUUCUGGGCUGUAGGGAAGUGGGACGGCAACUACACAGCUUAUAACCCCCCCUUCUAUUCGCCCUUGACCUUGCGUAGAAUGCCCAAGAAGAUCAGAGUGAUUCUGAACUACGAAGGGGGAUGGGUGACUUUUUUUGAUGCGGAUAUUGGAGCUCCCCUCUUUGCAUUUUCCGCACCCCCCUUUGCUGGAGAGACAAUCCUCCCCUUAUUUUACGUGUUUGGAAAAGCUCACCUUUCCAUCUCUGUCUAAGGCUGUUAUUUCUGCUUCUCAGCCUUGUCGGUAUUAUUCACCAAGACUAGAAUCCAGAUCAAUAAGAACAAGAAACAAGUAGUGAUCUAAGAUGGCCUUCCUCCAGGCUUGGUCCCUCCAGGUAUGGUGGGACUGCAGCUUCCAGGUUUCCCAAGUCAGUACGAUUGCUUUCCAUCCUGGCUGGGAUCUCCUGGAAGCUGCAGUCCCUCCAUACUGGAGUGUCAACAAGGUAUGUUGACCUUGCCAAGUGUCAACAACUUGCCUGGAGUGUUGACCUUGUCAAGGUAUGGAGUGUCAACAAAGUAACAAUGUGUCAACAAGGAAAUGCGAAUCUUUGACAGUUCUACCAAGGCCUCCAUAGACUUUCAGGCAGAUUAAUAGCUAACCAUUGCAGAGUUCAUCUUUAUUUCUUUAAAAAGCAAUAACAUUACUGAUCAGAGGUAAUGUUUCCUCUCAGCAAAGAAAUAGAAAGGGCUUCUCACUGUGAUGAGAGUAUCAUUAUCUCCUGACCGAUCUUCCUUCCAACUGUAAAGCUGCCAAAUUGGAUAGGGAUGGAUCUUUUUUGUAAAUUGGAAUAGCAGUUCUUUCUCCUCAGCUUCAUGGGCAGGAAGAUGACUGAAGAUGGUUGUUUGGGUUGUCUGAGUCAUACCAUCUAAACCAACAGUGCAGCUUGGCUUCCCUUUCCACAUUGCCUUCAGUUCAAAAUUUAGCACGG